AUGCUCGGCCUUCUCGACUCUCUCGGCCCAGCGAUUUUGCUCCUCGGGCUGCUUGGCGGCGGGCUCGUCCUCGCCCUGGCCGUCUCGAGCCCAGGCGACGGCCACCGUGGGCUCGAUCACCAGAACGUUUUCGGGGACGCCCGCGCGCUUUUCGAUCUCGCCGAGCAGCGCGCGCACCGUGCCCAGCUCGAGGGCGUCACCCUUCGUGAUCUGCUCGCAGCUCAUGACCGCGCGCUGCUUGGCGAGCUCGGCGCGCCUAGGUGCCCCGCUAGCCUGGUCUACACGUGCGCCAGCCAGUCUACGUUGGCCGGCUUGUGGAACUUGCAGUCCUGCUCGUCCGUGAUUUGUGGGACUCGAGGAUUCCUCAGGAAAUCCUUGGGGCCCUUUUCUAAAGAAUCCAUCGUACCC